UGCAGAGCUUGGCCAUCCUCAUCAUUGUAGUGAUUUUCAUUAUAGUGGUGGUCAUGUGGUCACUGCUGUGGAUUUUCAUAUGUGCCAUUGAUUCUUCCACUUCCACUCCACAAUGAUGAUUUUGCACCUCCUGUACAAGAACGUCAGUUUCCUCUUGGGAGAAGCUUCUUCUGAUGAGUAUAUCCUCGUUUUCCAUUGCAGCCGCAGACCACAGAAAUUGGCAGUGCGCCAGGGUGCAAAGCGCACAGCUCUUAAAAGGAAUGAAAUGAGAUAAUUUGAUUGGCUAUGACUGAAUCCUGCUGCAACACACCCACCAAAAUAUUCAGCCUAAUCUAGCCCAGUUUCCACCUCUGCAGCACAUUGUGAGCUGUGCUCACAAAAAUAUCGAACUUCAGUGGCGAUGCCCAGUGCGCCCAUGCUCUGCACCACUGACUGCACCCAUGCACAAUGCGUCAUUGAUUCCAGAAAAUAGAGCCCUCAAAAGUCAAAGAAAUGUGUAAACUAAAUGAGGCUUUCAGUCUUCCAGACAACCAUUAAUGAAGAUUCUCUUAAGAAGCUUGAUACUGGCUGUGUAGUAUACUCCUGCUCAUUUUAAGUCCCUAGGGAAAGCAGCACAACUGAAAAGCAGCGCAGCUGGACCCAUCAAUUAACCUCAGUGAUUUCCUCUUUGAUAGUUCGGAGGGAGAGCAGCAGUGGCGUUUAUUUUGCGGGGAUGUUCCAAGUUGCCAAUGUGGAGUUUAUUCCAGGAUACCGACACACUGGAUCCAGUGAGUUCCUGUCUAUGGCAAACAGGAUUCAAUAUGUGGUGAGCAGUGUGUACAGGAAGUCUUCUAUAUCCAGACUCUACAGGCAAGCUGUGAUAACAGACUUAAGCAGUAACGAGGGAGGUGUGCUGGUGCACUUCUGGAUGGUGUUUGCUGUCCCUCAGCUGAAGAGUACAGCAGUGUGUGAGGAGUGCGUUAGUGCCAUUAUGCGGAACUCUGUGCUCACCAGCCUGCAGAACAGAUCCUCCAUUGGCUACCUGAUGGGCCUGCCAGUUGACAUGGACACCAUCAUUAUCAAUGCUGCUCUGCGUUCAGACUACACAGGGACUUCGGCAGACUCUCAGUGUGUUGAUAAGCUGUAUGCUAGCAUGCUAGGAGGCAAAGUACCCCUCAAUGUCUUCUCCUCCUGGGGAGGGCUCAGCUGCCAUAUCAAAUUGACUUCUGCCCCUGGAUCUCUGAUUCGCCUCACAAUCACUGCCUUCCAAAUUGAGGCCAGUGACUGCGUGAAUGAUGGUCUCACUGUGUAUGAUGCCCUGCUGCCCAUGAGAAGCAGAACUCUCCACAAGUUGUGUGGACCUGUGUCCCAUGCUGUGUCCCUGGUGUCCACAGGCAAUGUGAUGCUCCUGUCCUUCAGACUAGAGCAGGGAAGUAAGAGCUUUAGAGGACACUUUCAGGCCAUCGCGAAGGAAAGUUGCUUCAGUGUGAUCCAGUUGGAGUCAAAAACUGGAUUUAGUGGAGAGAUCAGCAGCCCAUUUUACCCUAGCCUGCUGCCCCCUUACUGUACCUGCACCUGGCACUUUCAGAGCCCACAUCCUUCUCUUGGUGUGGCCCUAACAUUUAAAAACUAUGUGCUGAGUCAGAAAGACCUGAGGAGCUGUGAACAUGGCUGGUGGAAAGUCAAUGAGAGCAUAUACUGUGGCAGCCACAUUGGCCAUGCCACCGUGUUCUACAUUCCAGACCCUAACCCCGAGGUGGUGUUCCGGUGCAGCUCCCGUGGAGCCGACCCACCUAUCACCGCCACGUACCAGACCUUCAACAUCAACCAGCCCUGCCCUGAUGGACACUUCCUGUGCUCCACGGGGCUUUGUGUGGACAAGAGACGCUGCUGUGAUGGAUUGGACGACUGCAUGGAUGAGAGUGAUGAACUGUUCUGCGCCAAGCCUUCCAAAAAUUGUGCUGGUUCCACCCCUUUGCACCCACUGUAUGUCUGCAAUGGAGAGAGGGACUGUGACAAUGGCAAGGAUGAAACCAACUGCACUCUGGAAACAAGUUGCUCAGAUAUUCGGUUCCAGUGCAGGAGUGGAGCCUGCAUUCUUAAGAGAAAUGCUAAGUGUGAUGGUGUUUUUGACUGUUCGGACCACAGUGAUGAGAGCGACUGUGCCUGUGGCCUGCCCAGCCUGGGGAGGUGGGGCCAGGGGCGUGUAGUGGGCGGUGCCAAUGCUCUGGAGGGAGAGUGGCCAUGGCAAGUCAGUUUGCACUUUGGAGGACAUCUCUACUGUGGUGCGACUGUCAUCUCAGCUGAAUGGCUCCUGUCAGCAGCUCACUGUUUCAGCAGGGAGAGGUUGUCAGACCCACGGCAAUGGAGAGCUCACCUUGGGAUGCUCACUCAGGGAGCUGCUAAACAUGUAGCGGAGAUCCGCAGGAUUGUGGUGCAUGAAUAUUACAACGCUCUGAACUUUGACAAUGACAUCGCCCUGUUGCAGCUCAAGAAGACCUGGGCCCCCUCCCUGAACACCUACAUCCAGCCCAUCUGCUUGCCCCCUCCCUCUCAGGCUGUCACUGAGACACACACCUGCUGGGUUACAGGCUGGGGGUACCGCUCUGAGCAAGAUAAAGUUCUUCCAUCCAUUCUCCAGAAGGCAGAGGUGGGAGUGAUCAGCCAGUGGGAGUGUAAGAGGAGCUUUGGCCUGGUGUCGCCCCGCAUGCUGUGUGCGGGUGUUCCAUCAGGGGAGAGCGAUGCCUGUCGGGGUGAUUCAGGGGGUCCCCUGUCCUGCCAGAUGCAAAGAGGAAGCCAUUGGUUCCUUACAGGGAUUGUGAGUUGGGGUGCAGGUUGUGGGAGGCCAAAUCUACCUGGGGUCUACACCAGAGUGGCCAAGUUCAUCACCUGGAUUCAGAGCCAUACUCUCCAUUCAGAGGCAUUGCAGAACCAAAGCCCCCAGUAAAGCUGAAUAUGGUGCUACAUAAAUACUCUCCCAAUCAAAUUGAAUAGCAUUUGUGCAUUUCCACAUUUGUUAAAAUGAGCAUUGUGCCUCUUCUGCUUAGUCUUCAAAUUACUUUUUAAUAGAAUUAUUAAACUGGAGAAUUAAUCUGA